AUGUCCAUGUUCAGAGUGUGCAUCUAUGUCCACAAAGGGAGGAGAGGUUCCCAGUCAGAGGCCAUAGAGAGUCACCUGGAUGAGGGUGCAGAUGGGGAUGAUGAGGUUAGGAGCCCAGGACACAAGCCACUGUCUCAUGCAUCUCCCUGGAACAGUGAGUGUGAAGGCCAGAACCACAGAGAUGAUCUUGUCCAGGACAGUAGAGACAGCCAUGGUGAAGACCACUCUGAAUAUUUUGUGCUGGUGGAAGCAGGUGGCUGUGUGGGGAUGGCCAAGGAAGAGCAAGGAGUAGAGGAAGCAGCAGAUGAGGGAGAUGAGCAGAAUGUAGCUGAGGGCCCGGUUUUUGGCCUUGACAAUAGGGGUGUCUUUGUGCUUGAGAAACACCCCCAAGAAGAACAGCUGACCAACUUAAAGAAAUACCAAUUGCUUCUCACCCUGGUGCUUGCUGUGGAGGAGAUCAACAAGAAUCAUCAUCUGCUUCCCAACAUGACUCUGGGGUUUGAGAUCUAUAGUGAACAUUGCAAAGAUACUGAUAUGUUAGAGGAUCCUCUCAUCUGGCUGUCUGGGAAGAAUAAAAACAACCCUAAUUAUACCUGCAGAAGAGACAGCAAAGCUUUAGCAGCAUUCACAGGAACCUCAAGCACAUCUGUCGCAAUUGGGACACUACUAGACCUCUACAAACUUCCACAGUUCACCUUUGGGUCUUUUGAUCCUCUCCUGAGUGACCAUGGAAAGUUCAGUAGUGUCUAUCAGAUGGCUGCAAAGGACUCAGGUCUAGCUCUGGCCAUGGUCUCCUUGAUGCUUUAUUUUAGAUGGACCUGGGUGGGACUGUUUAUCUCAGAAGACGACUACAGUGUGUUGUUCCUCUCAGAAUUGAGAGAAGAGAUGGGCAAGAAUGGUAUCUGUUUGGCCUUUGAGAACAUGAUAACUUACAAAGCCAUUUCAGAUAUCUCAAAUGAUCUAUCAAUGCAUCUCCAGCUAAUGGAAUCAUCAACCAAUGUGAUUAUCAUUUAUGGGGACAGUAAAUUUCUAUUAAGCUUUAUUAUUAAAUUUGGGCACUUUUUAAUUACAGGGAAAGUCUGGGUCAUGAACUCACCCUAUGAGGACGUGACCAUUGGUAAAAGAUAUUUUCUGAUCAACUCCUUCCAUGCACCUCUCAUCUUCUCUCACCAUCUUAGAAACACUUCUGGGUUCACCAAUUUUAUUCUGACAGAUACAUUGUCCAAGAACUCAGGAGUGGAUUCCCUUUCCAGGGCAUGGAUUCAGUCUGUUUAUUGCCUUCUGAUUAAGUCUGACUGCAGAGACUUGGGACACUGUUCAUACAAUGCCACACUGGAUUGGUUGCUUAGGCACAUUUUUGACAUGACCAUGUCAGACGAGAGUUACAACAUCUACAAUGCUGUGUAUGCUUUGGCACAUGCCCUCCACCAGAGGUUUCUUCAUCACACAGAAGAACCACAACGGGACAAUAUGCAACCAAGAGCAUUUCUCUCUUCACAGCUGCAUCCCUUUUUGAGGAAGAUCCAAUUUACCAAUCCUGUUGGAGACCAAGUGGUUUUGAAUGAGGAAAGGAAAUUGGAGGCAGAGUAUGACAUUAUAAGUGUUUGGAAUUUUUCUGAAGGUCUGAGACAAAGGGUGAAAGUUGGCGAGUCUUCUCCAUCUAGGCCACAUGGGCAACUGACUUUGUUUGAAAAUCUGAUGGAGUGGCCCAUAGGAAUUACCAAGACUCCUCAGUCUGUCUGCACUGAGAGCUGUGGUCCUGGAUUCAGGAAGAUCUCUCUGGAGGGAAAUGCUACCUGUUGCUUUGACUGCACUCCUUGCCCAGAGAAUGAGAUUUCUAAUGUGACAGACAUGGAGCAGUGUAUGAGGUGUCCAGAUCUUCAGUUUGCCAACACUGAGAGAAAACGCUGCCUGAUGAAAACUGAGAGCUUCCUAGCUUAUGAAGACACCUUGGGCAUGACUCUGACCUGCACAGCUCUCUGCUGCUCUGCAGUUACAGCUGUUGUUCUUGGGGUAUUUAUCAAGUACCAAGACACCCCCAUUGUCAGCAAUAACCGGGCCCUCAGCUACAUCCUGCUCAUCUUCCUCAUCUGCUGCUUCCUCUGCUCCUUUCUCUUUCUUGGCCAUCUGCACACAGCAACCUGCAUCCUCCAGCACACCACAUUCGCAGUGGUCUUUACCGUGGCUGUCUCCACGUUCCUGGCCAAGACCAUCACAGUGGUGCUGGCCUUCACCCUCACAGCUCCAGGGAGAAGCAUGAGGCAGUGGCUGGUGUCCCAAGCUCCUAACCUCAUCAUCCCCAUCCAGGUGACCUUCUGUGGACUCCGGCUGCGAAUCUCUCCUUCCUUUGUGGACAGAGAUGCACAUUCUGAACAUGGCCAGGUCGUCAUCCUGUGCAACAAGGGCUCCCUCACUGCUUUCUACUGUGUUCUGGUAUACCUGGGCAACCUGGCCUUGGCCAGCUUCACGGUGGGUUUUCUGGCCAGGAACCUGCCUGACACCUUCAAUGAGGCCAAGUUCCUGACCUUCAGCAUGCUGGUGUUCUGCAGUGUGUGGCUCACCUUCCUGCUUGUCUACCACAGCACUAAGAGGAAGGUCAUGGUAGCUUUGGAGGUCUUCUCCAUCUUGUCCUCUAGUGGAGGUCUCCUGGGCUGCAUCUUUGCCCCCAAGUGCUACAUUAUAUUGAUAAGACCUGAGAGAAAUUCCCUGAAUAGGUUUAGGGAAAGAUCACCUGGAAGAAAUCAAUCUUAA